CACAGAGUCAUACUGUUGUCGUCUAACUGGACAGUAAACACACACACACAGUCACAGGAUGGCCACCGCGUCGCCUCGCCGAUGUCCAACGCCUCAGACCUUCAUCAUCGUCCUCUUCGUCCUGUCAGGUGGACACCUGUCGUCUGUUUCCUGUUUUAAAGUGGCGGAGGGGGGCGUGGCCUCUCUGUCCUGUCACUACUCAGUGAAGCGUUACGGUCUGAGCCGGGUCUGCUGGGGUCGCGGCUGCGGGACCUUCUGGUGCAACAACAUCCUGGUGCAGACGGACGAGAACGGCGUCAUCUCCAAGGUGGCAGACCGGUACCGGCUGAAUGGGGACGUCCUGGACGGACAGAUGGACCUGGACAUCCUGAAUGUGAGGCGGACAGACAGCGGGCCGUACUGCUGCAGGGUGGACAUCGACGGGAUGUUCAACGACAAGAAGGUGAUCAUGAACCUGAGAGUAGUCAAAGCUCCGGUCACCAGUUCACCUCCAACCACAACAACAGCAACAACCAAUCGAGUGACGGAGCCGUUCACCUCCACAGUAAACUGGAAAUCUCUGCUGUCGUCUCAACUGGACCUUCUGAGGAGGAACUCCACCCGGCUGCUGUCCGACACCGUCACU